CAUUUUCCUCCUGUGUUGUUGUUAGCUUGCUGGCUAAGCUGACUGUCAGCCCGGUUUCUGCAGUUAAACGAGUCAGUGCAUGAUUUAAAUACAACAGGUGUGUUAUUGCAGCGGUUCCCGACGUCCCUGCUUUCCCCGUGACCAUGGACGAGGAAUAUUACAGCGGUUCCGGAGACUGGGAAGGCACGGAGGGUAGCAUGGAGGAUGGUUACGGUGAAGGAGAAAAUGAUGGGAAAAUCCAGGAAGCUUGCCUGGAGAAAUUCUCCAGCAGGGAUUACAUCAUGGAGCCUGCUAUCUUCAGCACCCUCAAAACGUAUUUUCAAGCAGGUGGCUCUCCAGAACAUGUCAUCCAGCUUCUCUCUGAAAAUUACUCUGCCGUGGCUCAGACUGUUAAUCUGCUGGCCGAGUGGCUCAUCCAGAUGGGUGUGGAGCCUGCACAGGUCCAAGAACGAGUAGAAAAUCACCUUAAGAGUCUUCUGAUAAAACACUUUGACCCCCAGAAAGCUGAUUCCAUCUUCACCGUUGAGGGAGAGACUCCUGCUUGGCUUGAGCAGAUGAUAGCGCACACAACGUGGAGAGAUCUCUUCUAUAAGCUGGCAGAGGCUCACCCAGAUUGCCUGAUGCUCAACUUCACUGUAAAGCUCAUUUCAGACGCAGGUUACCAGGGCGAGAUCACCAGCGUGUCCACAGCCUGCCAACAGCUGGAAGUUUUCUCUCGGGUGUUGAGAACAUCUUUGGCCACGCUGCUAGACGGAGGAGAAGAAAACCUGGAGAAGAACCUGCCCGAAUUUGCUAAAAUGGUGUGUCACGGCGAGCACACCUACCUCUUUGCCCAGGCAAUGAUGUCCAUCCUUGCUCAGGAGGAACAGGGAGGUUCAGCUGUCCGCAGGAUCGGCCAGGAGGUGCAAAAGUCUGCACAUGAGAGAGGUCACGAUGCCAGUCAGAUAACCCUUGCGCUUGGUACAGCGGCAGCCUACCCUCGAGCCUGCCAGGCUCUCGGCGCCAUGUUGUCCAAAGGAGCCCUGAAUCCUGCUGAUAUAACAGUUCUGUUCAAGAUGUUUAGCAGCAUGGACCCUCCUCCAGUCGAACUGAUCAGAGUGCCGGCCUUUCUCGACCUGUUUAUGCAGUCGCUUUUCAAGCCUGGAUCAAAGAUCAACCAAGACCAUAAACACAAAUACAUCCACAUUUUAGCCUAUGCUGCCAGUGUGGUGGAGACCUGGAAAAAGAACAAGCGAGUGAACAUCAAUAAAGAUGAGCUGAAGUCAACCUCUAAGGCUAUUGAGACCGUGCACAACCUGUGCUGCAAUGAGAACAAAGGAGCCACAGAGCUGAUUGCUGAGCUCGGCACUUUGUACCAGUGCAUCAGGUUUCCAGUGGUUGCUAUGGGAGUUCUGAAGUGGGUGGACUGGACGGUGUCCGAGCCGCGGUACUUCCAGCUGCAAACAGACCACACUCCCGUCCAUUUAGCUUUACUGGAUGAGAUCUGUACGUGUCACCAGCUGCUGCACCCGCAGGUCCUCCAGCUGCUCAUCAAGCUCUUUGAGACCGAGCACUCUCAGCUGGACGUCAUGGAGCAGUUGGAGUUGAAGAAGACUCUGCUGGACCGAAUGGUUCACCUGCUGAGUCGUGGCUACGUCCUGCCCGUCGUCAGCUACAUCCGCAAAUGUCUGGAGAAACUCAACACAGAUAUCUCCCUCAUUAGAUAUUUUGUCACUGAGGUGCUGGACGUGAUCGCGCCUCCCUAUACGUCGGACUUUGUUCAACUCUUCUUGCCGAUCCUUGAGAACGACAGCAUCGCAGGAACGAUCCGCACAGAUGGAGAACAUGACGCUGUUGCUGAGUUUAUCGCCCACUGCAAGUCAAACUUCAUCAUGAUCAACUGAUGUGGAAUUGACACCCAAAAUGGGAGACGUAAAGGAGGUGGAAGAUCUGUUAUCUGAUAAGCAGGUGCUUGCAGCUGAAGCACAUAGCUUGGAGGUGGAUUUUUCAUUUUGGCAAAGUGAAGUGGAAAUGAGUUUCUGUUAAGGAAACAUGAAAACAGCUGUGACUGUCGCUGAGCUGGCUGAGUGGUGUGAAAGUAAUGACACAGAUUUAUCUGAAGAUGCAGCUGAAUGUUGCUUUUUUUACCUGUAUAUUUGAUUUUCUAUAUUUUAUGUUGGUCUGAGCUCUUUUAAAAUAAACUUUAAAAUGUUGCUUGUUUUGUUUUGUUGUUUUUGUUUUUUAUACAGUCUCAGACUGCAGAAAUAUAAUCAGCUCCCUCUCAUGCAUUUUAUUUAUUUGUUUGUUUUAAUAUGGAGAUCUGUAAACCUCAAAAGCCGCAUAUUUAAUUGAAGCAGGUGAUUACACACCACUUUUAUUUGAAGUUUUUGUUUUCAGUUUCCAGGGUGACUUUGACGAUUUCAGGUUAGUUCUUAUAAUUUUCAUAGUUUUCUUUAGUCUUUUAAUGAUACGAGAUAUUUCUCAGAUGCAGAUUUAAGAAAUUUAAAAUACUAAUUGCAAGUCAAACAGUACUGGAGGUAGUGAACUCACAAUCUCAAAAAUACAUAACCAAAGCCUUUGAAGCUGGUUGUGUAAGACAUUUAAAUACAUUAUGUUUUAUUUUUACCCAUUCGGUGUAUUGUGACCUCUCCCUCUUUUUAAAGCUAAAGGUCAUUAGCAUCAGUGGUCCCCUGUGAAGUCCUAGUGAACCAAUGACUGUUUAACGAUGCAAAUUAGACCUCUUUAAAACAUAUUGUUUAGUUCUACCUUUCUUUUAUUCUUUUGUGUAUGCUGACAGCCUUUCCGCACUCCUUACUGUCUUAAGAAUUGUAAAAAUGUCACUUCUGUAGUUAUCUAAAUAUUUACCAUUGGCUAACAAUGACAAAUGGUAGAGAAAGUGUUCCUUUAGGAGAAGCAGCACCUGUGUAGUCAGAUGUAUUGAAACACCUGACUACACCAGCAGACAGGCAAUCACCACUGAGAGAGGAUCUGUAUCUGUUAAUCUUUAUCACUAAAAAUGUGUGUUCACAAAUGAACAUGGAUUCAAAAAGAAGCAACAUCUUCCCUGCUGGCAUGUAAGAAUGUUGCUCUUCAAAUGGCUUGAAGGAAACUGCAACUUUCUGAUAAAGGCCUUCACCGGGCUGUGCAUUUCACCUGCACAGGCUCUUGAUUUACAGUUGGUAUGUAGUUCAUUCUUUGCAAGUCUGUCACAUUAAUAGAAAAUGCAAGAGCUGCUUUUCAGUCUGAAUUUUCCACCCACUUUAAUUUCUGCUCUCAGGUCCUACACUCUCUCUAGCUUUACCCAGGCCGAGCCACCUGACAGUUUUUCCUUCCCACUGUCACCACGUGCUUGCUCAUAAGGAAUCACCCGAUUGUUGGGCUUUCUCUGUAAACGAGAAAGCCCAACAAUCAGGUGAUGGUAUAAACGGCCGUGAGGCAACAGUGAUUCAAUACUAUACAAAUAAA